AUGUCAAUCGAUUCACCGUAUAUCCCAAUCUCAGGAAAGAGUCAACCUAAAUUACAAAACUCAACAUUAAUACUCCCCACAAUUUCAAUUGGUAAUCUACCACAAUUAACAAUAGAUUUAUUAAUUCAUAAUUAUAAUUUUAUCAAAAUAGGUUAUUUAAAUGAUUUAUACUUGUACCCAUUUGCAUCACCUAUAGAUUAUGUCAAGAACCCAAUUGAAGGAAUAAGUCAUGCUAUUGAAGUUUAUUAUUGUGAAGAAUUGAAUAUAACAUUAAUACAACAAAGAUCACCUAUAAUUCCAUCAUAUUCAAGUUCAUUUUUAAAAGAAGUAAUAAUUCCAUUUAUAACAGAAUCAGAUUUUUUAAAAAUAAUAAUAUUAAAUUCUAAUGAUUCUGGAAUAGUUGAAAAUAUACAAAAUGGAGAUAUAAUAAUCUAUGAUAAUCAAGAUUUAUUAUCAAAUUUUAAAAAUUUAACUAUAUCUAAAUCAAUUGAAGAACAAGAUAAAAAUUCGAUUUUUAUAACUAAAUUACUUAAAUUACUAGAAGAUCUUGAGAAUGUUAAUGUGAAAGUAUUAGUUAGUUAUAUUUAUGAAGGUGAUAAUUUUCAAGAUGCUGAAAAAAUGAUUAAUAAAUUAAUUAAGAAUUUAGAUAUUGAAAUAAAUAAUAAAAAUUGGGUUAAACCUGUAAGUUGGCUUGGUGCUUAUGGAGAUAAAGAGGUUCCUAAUUCAAUGGAAGAAGGUAUAUUUGGUUAG